AAAGCUGUUGAAGUCGUCAGAGCUCUACCAUACAUGGUUAACGGAUAAAGAAGAGCAGAAAGUUUACAGCUCAUGAAACUCUGAGAAUGAAUGGGACGGCUUAUUCCAACUUUGACAAUCAAGAACACGUCCUUAAAUUAGGAGAGACUUUUGAGAAACACCCUAAAAGUGCCUACCACACAGUACGAUAUGACUUUAAACCAGCUUCAAUCGACACAACAUGUGAAGGGGAACUUGAAGUGGGCAAAGGAGAGCAAGUCACUAUUACUUUACCCAAUUUAGAGGGUUCGAGUGCUCCAGUAACUGUCUUUAAAGGAUCCAAGAGGCCAUACAUGAAAGAAUGCAUCCUCAUCGUUAACCAUGACACAGGAGAGUACAGACUAGAAAAACUCAACAGCAACAUAGCCGUGAAGAAGACAAGGGCUGAGGGCAGCAGUAAGAUUCAUUCACGCUUGGAGCAGCAGACCAGCCGCCUCAGCCAACAGAUGAAGAGCAACAGUAACAGCAGCAGCAGUAGCAAGAUCUCAGCUAGCUCAAAGAGCUCUCCUCCCAAAGAGAAGACCUCCCCUGCAUCCCCAAUGGAUGACAUUGAGAGAGAGUUGAUGGCAGAGGCGCGGGUCAUGGACCAGAUGAGCAGUGGCGACAGCUCCUCAGACUCCAACAGCUCAUCAUCUUCAAGCAGUGAUGACAGCUCCAGCAGCAGUGACUCAGAAGAUGAACAUACUUCUGCACCACUCCCACCCCCAACCAACCACAGCAUGCCCAUCAUCAGCACCAGCAUCCCCACAAACAUUCGCCAGGAGAGCGGCGGAGGGCUCAUGAACACACUCAAAAACGACCUGCAGCUGAGUGAAUCAGGCAGUGAGAGUGACUGAACCUGUUGAAGAGCACCCGCCUGUGAACACCGUCAGGAUUUUCAGUGAGGUGUUUUAAAAAAAAAAAAAAAAAAACAGCAACAGACAUGUCAAUGCUUUGCUUCCUUUAAUGUGAGACUGCCUUAAUGUCAUUUCCACAAACUCUGAUAAAAUGUUUUUUGCCUUUCUGCCAACAAACUUUCUAAUUUACUGAUAUCAAAUGUAUGACUUAAAGCUCUUUCUUGUUUUGUGUGUGAAGACUAGAUGUUAACGAGAUGCCUUAGUAACGAGAUGUGGAUGUGAUGUUUGAGUGGCAGUAAAUAUGACAGGCUGUGUGUAA